GGGAGCCCCCGCGACCCGGAAGCAGCCGUGGGCGUCGGAGCGGACGGGCGGGACCGGCGCGGAUGUGGCGAGGCUGCUGAACGCAGGUUCCGCGGUAUGGCGGGGACGGCGUUGAAGAGGCUGAUGGCCGAAUAUAAGCAAUUAACCCUGAAUCCUCCAGAAGGAAUUGUGGCAGGCCCCAUGAAUGAAGAGAAUUUUUUUGAAUGGGAGGCAUUGAUCAUGGGCCCUGAAGAUACUUGCUUUGAGUUUGGUGUGUUUCCCGCCAUUCUGAGUUUCCCACUUGACUACCCCCUGAGCCCUCCGAAGAUGAGGUUCACCUGUGAGAUGUUCCAUCCCAACAUCUACCCUGACGGCAGAGUCUGCAUCUCCAUCCUGCAUGCCCCAGGUGAUGACCCCAUGGGCUAUGAGAGCAGUGCCGAGCGGUGGAGCCCAGUGCAGAGUGUGGAGAAGAUCCUGCUUUCGGUGGUGAGCAUGCUGGCAGAGCCCAAUGAUGAGAGUGGAGCAAACGUAGAUGCUUCCAAGAUGUGGAGGGACGACCGUGAACAGUUCUACAAGAUCGCCAAGCAGAUCGUCCAGAAGUCUCUGGGGCUCUGAGGCUACACCGUGUGCACACUGUACAGUCCAGCGCUGUCCUCAAGAACACGUGGCGACAGUGCUGCCAUGCCAACACCAACAGGCAGCGCAGGGCCACAGCCCCCAUUGUUUCUUCCUUUACCCCAGACAGGCAGCUCCCCUGAGAUCAUGACUGGAAUAAUGACAGUGUGCUGCAAUAGACUCCUCCUGCCGCGCCUCGGGAGGGUCCGGCUGUCCUCACUACCUCUCCAGCCAUGGGCUCCUCAGCUCUGCUCCUUCCUGCAGUGCUGACGACCUGUCCUGUCGUCUGCCAGGGACUGGGCACCAGUGCCGCUCCUUCUGAGGACAUGGGCCUUGGAAAAGCAGUGCAGGCCUGUCCCUGCCUCUCAGUCCCUGGUGUCCCGGAAGCUUCUGAGCUUCUGUUGACACUUUGCACUUAGAAGCCUACUUUGCCUUUGGCAUGGUGACAGAGGCUUGCUGUGUGCGUCACAGAUGUCACCGUAGCCCCUUCCAGGGGAUGCUUUGUAAAUGAGUUCAUGAGAAGAGGGGACGUGGGUCAGCAGCACGGCUGCUUUUUCUGGUUGCAUCCAUGUCUGAGUUAGUGUGCACACUAGAACAGGCGGGGCUGCCGGAGCUUCAGGGCGGGGCUCCCCUGGCGGCUCUGCAUACACAUCAUGGCCGCACCAGGCUUAGCUCUUGGAUCAAAUUGUUCUUCGCUGUCAGGGUUGGAAGGGGAUCGGCCACUGGGUGCUCAGCAGAGGUGCGCCUUGUGAGCUGGACGGGCUGGGGCGCUGCUGUGGUGCAGGCCAGGGUGGAGGGGGACAGCAGGACCUGCUGAGCGACAGUGCCCGAGCAGGCCCCACAAGCAAUAACAGAUCCGUGGUAGAAGUGGAUGCUUGGCCUUUUCUAAACAGGUUACAGUUAAACACGAGUUUUUAUCUCUAAGCUGCAGCGUGUCUGGGGGUGUGCAGCAGAUCUUACUGCACAUUGUCUGCUCUUGUCCCGUGCCCACGUCAGUGGCCAGCACUGCGUGCUUCAUGGUGUUAAUAGUUGCCAGCUCUGGGGCUCCACCUUGUGCUUUCCUUCUCCCAGGGGACUUCGGUCUAUUUGAAAUGCAACAGAGUCUGCUGUUGGGAGGUACAGGAGAAGGGAAUUGUACCGAAAUAGUAUUUGUAGGCCAUUGAGAUGAAGCCCUCUCUGUAAGGAAGUGUGUCUGUGUGGGGAGAUGUCCACACAGAUGGUCACAGGGCAUGUUGUCAACCUCAGGUCUCCCUGGCGUAGGGGGUGGGGGAAGGAAGAGAGGCAGUCUCUUUACAAAACAAAGUAUUUUUAUUCAUUUGUAUUUAUUAAAUGAAAAAAAAAAAAGAAUUCUCUGGUGUCCCUCUUCUGAGGUGGACUUUAAUUGCUGUUAAAUAAAAUUGUGUACCUGUCCUCA